AUGGCGCUGCACUGGUCAAGGCACUAACAUGUUUUAUGGCUAGGUGGCAACUUCUUAGAGUCACAAAAGAAGUCAAAUCACAACAGCAUCUAUUAUAACCAGUAUACAUCUUACCUAGUGUUAUAAAGUUAUUGCAGUGUCUCCCCUUAAUGACGUCUGUACAUUAUCAGGUGCAUCCUCAACUUGACGUAUUUCAUUCAUGACUGUUAACGGUAUAACCCAUUAAAAAACCUGACUGUAUUCUGAUUUAACAUUAACUAGUAUAUGGCAUAUCAUGCCUGCUUUAAUAUCUCACAUUUUAAAAAUUGGAUUAUUUUUAAAUACCGCCAGCUGCAUAUAUAUAUGUAUUGGUCACAUGUUGAGAAUAUGACUCAAUAUUUCUAGGAAACAUUCCCACCUUAACUGCAUCCUGGCUGUGCUUUUUCGAUGGAACUUUUAUGCAGCUCUGUUUGUUGAGUGUUUCUCAGACAAUUAAAAGCAACAUUAUCAAUGGAUCUUGUUGAAAAAGUCUGUAUUCAUGAAGUGUGUCCUCAUUUCUUUAUAUUUCUGGAUUUUUUGUUGCCUUUAUCUUGCAUUUUGACAGGUAGUUUUUACUUUUGAAAACACAAAGAGUGGGGCAGCACCAGGGGUGUCCUUGGAGUAUAUGUAGUAACAAACAAAAGAGAAAGGAAAGCUAAUAUUGAAGUAUGUCACAGUUCCAAUAACUAUUAAAAUAAGAUUAAACGCACUCACACUUUUUCAGAGCUAAAAUGUAGCUCCAACUUAAACACCUGGGCGGAACAAUCCCCACCUGUGGAUAUGGUGGAGUACCAGUUCUUGUAGUUGGUUCUUAUAGUGGUGGUGACUCUUGUAGAUAUGUUGAAGGAAUAAAAGAUGUAUGGUGCAGUAUAUCCAAUCCGAAUACACAAAGUAAGAAUGGUAACAACACAUGUUUUUGAGCCUGAAAUGCAGCUCUGUGGGUAUGGCUUCAAGUGGUAUAAUCCCCACUAGUGGAUAUCAGUGGUGGUGGUAUCUCUCCGAUGAUAUAAAUAAAAGGGAAAGACAAACCAGAAUAGUAUACACCAUUUGGAGUGCAAAAUGAAAUUAAAUGUGUAAAAACGAUUCACGUUUAGUAGAGCCGAUAAGGACUGCUCUAUACAACAGGCAUAGGUGGUACCAUCCCCACCAAGGAUAUAGAUGUUUAGGAAAUCAAGCAGCAACACAGGUCCAAUAAAAAAAGCAUAUGAAACAGUUUUAACAUACACUCGAUGUGUUUCAACAAAAAAAAAAAGGUUUAUCUAAAGUGUGUAAAGUUUUUACUUUUGCUUAAGACAUCAGGUUUGUUUUUUGCAGGUAGGGUAAAACAGUACAAAACCUUACCAAAAUUAUAAUUUGCUUAUUUUUCCAGUAUCCUGCAACAGCUGAAAACACUGUUCCAAUUAAUUAUUGAAGAGAUAAUUAAAGUUGUUGACAGUUAGGAACACAAACUAACACUUACUCCUCCAGUUCAUUGCAGGAAUUUUGUGAUAUGUGACCAACCACCUUUUUCACACUGUCCAAGCAAAAUGCAGUUCUAAUUUUAAAAUUGUUGUGGUGCCAGUAAAUCUCUUUAACUUUUUUUUUCUUGUCAUACUUUUUUUUUGUAAUGGUGGUAUUACUAGUUAAUUUUCCAAUGUUAUGUAAAUAGCUCUGGUUUAAUUUACAAUCCGACAUUGGUUACCAGUAGAUAACACUUUCUGACUUUCGAAUGGAAUCACAAGAUAAAAAAAUGAUUGCAACCCAAAAUUCACAGAGCAAAUAUUGCUUUCCGUUUCAUUUACCGUAACAAAGUGAUAACUUUUCUAACUAUUUUAUCAAGACUAAAUCAUCUAGGCCAAUAUUUAUAUAUAUAUAUAUAUAUCUAAAUGGUUUCUCGUCCAGUUUCUGCAACAAUUGUUUUUUUAUUUUUUUAUUUAAUUGUAUUGCCAUCGAGAUUUUCAAUUCUUUAAACAGUACUUUUUAUUUAUAAGUUAAGAGUACUAUUUAUAUAAGUGUAGUCAGAAUAAAUGAAUUUUACAUAACGUGGACAGAGUGAACACCCAGAUGGGUGGUCCUAACUCUUAGACAAUAAUUGUCUAACCUCCCUAUGUAUCCUGAAAAACGUGUUUCACCGAAAAUGCUUAGUCUUUGGAAAUACAGUACUGGUUUCAUUGCUUCAUUUGGUGCUGCCCCCUUUUCCAUUAUACCUCUUUGAAAAUGGUUAAUUUCCAUUAAUUCCCAUAUUACAGUUGAUAAACAUAUCUCUUAUUUUAUCCAAAAUAAAAUGACCAAUAGUAGAGUUUUCCUUCUGUUCGUACUUAUAUUAAAAGUUACCUUUUUAGUUAAAUACAAGUUUUAAACAUAGUUGUUAAAUAAUGCAUGAGCAUUAACAGUAAUUUGAAUGCCAACAAUUGGCUAUAAUUGCAUUAGAUUGUAAUAUAGGGAUGGCUAGGUGGUUUGAAAAGUCAACUAAUGCUUCUGUUUUUUAUUUAGUAUAUUUUAACUUUAGGAUUAAUUUUCACAUUGGAACCAACAUUUUCUAAAACACAACCCUGCGAGUUUACAGAUAAUGACCCUAUAACUAUUAGGACAAUAAAUUGAAUAUAGGGUUAUUAUUACCAGCAAGGCAUGCAGCAACAUUUAGGACCACCCCACCCCUUUAAUUAUUAGUUUUGGUAUUCCAUUUUCCAUAUAUCCUAUAGAUGAUAUUAAGUUAAACUGACAGAUACAGUCCCCAGAGUUGUAAAUGAUCUCUAGUAAUGAUUGGCAAUAUUUUCAAAUCAGGAAAGUGCUUUUCAUCAGUAGCUUUUAGAAGCAGAGCAGAUUGCAAUAAGGGAGAAUAAUGACCAAACAGCUAUAGGAUACCACGAAUGAAAAACACAAUCAUAAAAUACCAAGAUAAUUGCAAUCACCUUCCAAACAUUAAGCACCAUUCUCAGUAAUUGACAUUGGAACCACUAGAGAAGGUAGCUAACUAUCUUCCCUGGUGGGUGAUACGGAAAUUUGAAAUAUUUAAUGGAAUGUAAAGAUCCAUUGAUGUAGUUGGAUUUAACUCACACAGCAUUGCAUACUAGGCUGGUGUUUUACACAGAAAAUACACAUGCACUUAUACAAAACUAACACAUGGAUAUUUGCUCUUUCAAUGGGCAAAUCAAGUUUUUAAAGGUAUUCUCCAGUGCCAGGAGAACAUAUUAGUUUUCCUGGCACUGCAGGACCCUGUAGUGCCCCUCUCCCUCCCACCCCCCAUCCCAAGUUGCUGAAAGGGUUAAAACCCCUUCAGUGACUUACCGGAGUCCAGCGCUGAUAUCCCUCGGCACUGGGUCAGGCUCCACCUACUCUCCUCCCCCGCUGACGUCAGCCAAUAGGAAAGCAUUAUUCAAUGCUUUAUUCAAUAUUUUAAACAGCCACUAGAGGAGGACUUAACCCUGCAAGGUAAUUAUUGCAGUUUAUGAAAACUGCAAUAAUUACACUUGCAGGGUUAAGGGUAGUGGGAGUUGGCACCCACACCACUCCAAUGGGCAGAAGAUGUCUGGGUGUCUGGAGUAUCCCUUGUAUAAAAUGCUACAGCUGGGCAACGUGACUUCUCACAGUGCAUUAGAAACUAAAAUACUUGUCCUGAGAUUAGUGGGAGUUACACGGCCAGGCAGCAGCUGCUACCAUAUAUGCAAUCCCUAUUAUUUUUUAUAUUAAACAGAGCGUGGGCACGGGGAAAGAAAACUCAUCAUUGCCAUUGCCUGUGAAGCUCCACUCCUGGAAUAUCAUUAAUAUAUCCUGGAAUAUCAUACUGGGGCUGAAUUAAAGAGGCAAUACGGUCACCAUAACAACUUCAUCUACAUGAAGUUGUUAUGGUGCCAGUAAGUCCCUGGAUGAAAACUGUUACCUUAAGAUGUUACACUGUUCUUGAACAGUUCAGCUCCAAAAGAGUGCCGCCGGGCAUGGGCGCUGACUGACUUAGAGCAUUAGCCAAUCAGUAGCCCCUAUAGAUAAAAAAAACUUACUUUUUUGUCAAUGGAUAGCUACUGAUUGUAAUUGCUCUUAUGUUGACUAGAUUCUCCCUUUAAAGGCAGGGGCUGCAGCCUGUAUUGUGCUUUAGCAAUGUGCCAUCAGGAGUACAAGAUGAUGAUCUUUACCAUGUACAGAUCCAUUAAUAUAGUUGGAUAUAACUAGCAUUGCAUUCUAGCUUGGUGUUUUGCACCGAAAAUACACAUACAUUUAUACAAAACUCACACAUUCUCUACCAUGGUACCUGGUUCACUGUUAUGUAAUCUAUAACACAUGCACACACAUUGGGGAAUAUAAAAGGGUUUCUAAAACAAUAUGCAGAAAAUAAGAAACAAAGAGAGCAGCACUUGGGGAUUGCUUUGUGCACAGAGAGCUACAGUGAUAAUUUAUUCGAAGGAUGCAAACGUUUCGGGAUUCAAACCUUCAUCGGUGCAAAUGCCCUUUUGCACUGAUGAUGGGUUGAAUCCUGAAACGUUUGUUGUAUUAAUCAAUUAAAAUGUUGAAAACUGAUGCGGAAUAUGUUGUCGCUAUAUAAGUGCCAAAAAUAAUAAUAAUAUGUGUUCUUCAAAUAAACUAUCACUGUAGCACAUAGCAGUUCAAGCAGUGAUGCUCUCUUUAUUCCUUAUUUUCUGCGUAUUAUAUUUUACUCCUGCAUAACAGAAGACUGAAGUGAGAGCAGCAUGCAGGUCCCUUUGAUAUAUACAUGCAGAACCUUAUAUUCCUGAUCUCAUUUCUCAUUCUGGCCAAAAGUUCUAAAACAUAAUAUAAACCAAUGGAAUUGGCAGGGAUAUUACGUUGAUCAUAACCUUUUCAUACCUUUUCCAACAGGUAUUAUGUUGUAAACUAUAAAAUUAAUAUACAGACUGUGAACCCUUUUAAUGAAAAAAAUCAAUUUUUUUUUUUUUUUUUUAAAGUUUAUAUACACACAGAAAUAAUGAUAAAACAAAUAAAAUAAUUAUUCCCAUUGUCAACUGGUGUUCAAAAAAAAAAAAGAAAUAAUUGUAACAUUUUCUUGAUUUGAAUCCAAGUAACUGGGAGCCAUCUGGCAGUCAUCCAAUUUGUAUUGCAAUAUGUUUGUCAAAGCCAAGGGCUUUGUUACUGCAAUUCUCUGUUACCCAGUCCAAUUCAUUAUGGGUGUAAAAAAAGAAAAAGAAAAAAGGAAGGAGGAGGGCUCUUAUUGCACUGGUGACCACAUGACCAACUAGGCUUUCAUCCAGAUUCUCCAAUACAAAACGCAGCCCCUGUACUAUGUGAGAGCAUUCAUUGCAAAGUCACUUGGCAGAACAGAGCCCCCACUGGACGCAAGGAGACAGCCUUCUCCAAUUGACAUUUUGGAAUCAGCACAGAGAGACUUCCUUAACUCUUUCUCCCUGUCUCUCAUAGACUAGCAGCUCAGACACCAAGAAACAUGAAUCCCAGGCUCUGGCUCUUGGCAUUAGUCCUGAUUAUAUUAACCUUGACAUCUGCUUUUGGAGGUGAGUCUCCUGUUUCUUGUCCUGCAAUAGAAAUCAUUUGCAAUCAUUAUGCUUUCAAUAAUGGAGUAUUUAUUUAUAAAUAUAUUAUGUGCAUGCAUUAGGAGAAUGUAAUGUGUGCGCACUGUACUUUGCAGCGCAAUUAGUGCAUGAAUGUAAUAAAUAGCAAAAAAAAAAAAAAACUAUAGCAAAUAUUCUUAAAGAACACUUAUUUUGCAUGACAUAACCAUUCAUUCAUUUUUAAUAAAUCAUUAUUCUGCUGUUUUGCUGUUUCACUGAACAGCCACUAUUUUAUACACUGUAACCAAAACUAGUAUACUGUACUUUCAACAUUAUGGCUGGAUUUUACUUUCAGCAUUGCAAAUGGAUAUAAAGUUAAAUUAUUAUUUUUUUAAUGUUAAAUGUCAAGUCUGAACACCUGCAGCACAAAUGUACAUUUUUAUUUAAAAAAAAAAUAAUAAUAAUUCAACUGUGGAAAAAUUCAGUCAGAUAUAUUCUCAAUUGUUAUAUUUUGCAAGCACUGAGUGCAGUUUGUAUAUUUAUUAUGCAUAGGCUUUUAAAUUGAACUUAGGCAUUUCUUAGGUGCAAGCCUACAAAUUGGUUCAUUUAAAUGUAUUGUGCCCAUGUAGACAGCCCUGCCACAGUGGGUUAUUAAUGCACAUACAUUGAAUGAAAAGAAGCUCUCUGUAUUAAGAAAGGCUUACAAUGGGUUAAAGGUAUUUGCCUGGAAGCAGCUCUGCAUGUCAGACUAACAUAUGCUGUGGGAACAAUAGCUGGGUAUAUGGAUCUAAUUAGUGCCCAAAAUAUGACAAGAAUUUACAAUUCUAUUGCUGAGCAGAUACCAUACACUUGUUGCCAAUCAGUGUUCUGCACUGUGGUUUAGUGAGAUGUUCCUAGAAUGAUCACACAGGGGUUGAACUUGUGUAAAUAUUGGAUGUUAAUAAGUCACAGGCUAUACCACCUGUUUACAUUAAGCAGUGGUAUGUGAUUUUUUAUUUACUGCACACCUGGAUCAGAGGUCACCUGUUCCCUGAGUUAUAUUUAGCAUUGGUAUACUUGCUGUGGUUGUAUUAUUGUUACUUUAUAAGAGUAGGCAUGAGAGCCCUAUUGCAUGCCUAUUCUUUAACCUUCAGAGUGUCAGAGGUGGCCCUCAAAGGGCUAAUUAAAUUAAACAUUGCAAUAUGUGUUUUCAUAACCCUUUAUUAACUCCAAAGAGGGCGAGAGAGAUGUGUGACUUUGUGCAAGUGAGCGCCAUAAAUUUGAGAAUAUGUGAGGAGUUUUCCAAGUAUGGGAUAGCUAAGGGGUUUAUUCGCUAAACAGUUGUGGCGAAAUACUAUUUAGAAUGCUGAGCAAUUGACUUACAAAAUACGACAUACAUAGUGACAUAUUUCAUUGUUACUCUGCUAUUAUCAACACAUUUAUUUUUUUAUCGUUUUGAUCAACCGCAGAAACAGAUGUGUGGAUAGUUGAACUUGAUAAACAUGAGUCUAUGUCAACCUAAAUUACUUUUUACACUUGUUUUAAAGAACUAUUGAAUCUAAAUGCAUAGUCUAAAUGUAUGAUGGAUGCACCCUGGCAGUAAAAUGUUACAGGUUUGCAAAGACAUUCAUUGUAAUGAUCUAUUGUAUCUGGUCUGAUUAGUCUUCUGGGAACAAAGAAGCCAGAAUGGAGACGUCUGUUUUUCUGGUAAUGUUACUCUUUGGGAAUUAUUGCAAUUAGUUUGAAAAUAAGAUACUAUACCACAGAGUUUUCAUUCAUUAGCAUUAGUUAUUUUACCCAUAACCCUUUGCAUUGGUAGAUGAAUGAGCACUAUAAUGCAUUAUAAAGGGAUGUGAAUAUUUUUAGUUAGUAUAUCAGAAAUAGUAGUGAUUGUUUUCUUCCCAGUGAUGCCAUUUUACCAUUUUGCAAUUAAGUAGAGUUUGAGCCAGGGCAGUACUCCCUAAUAUUUGAGUUCUGUGAUGUGUUUUUUUUUCCCACAAUGCUCAGUCUACAGGAGAGGCCUGUGUUUUUCUGUGAUGCUUUGACACUCAUACAGGACCACUAACAGUCUUUCCUUGGUGGCAAAUUUGAGCUUUUUCUAUGUUAGGAGCUGGGAUGUUAGUUAAUUGAGGACUGUUUCUAUAUUAAUGUCUGCAAUGUGUUAUAUAGUAGUAGCCCAGUUACUUUCAUAAUCGAAUCUAGUUUUCAGAUAUGCUCAUAAAGAAAACAAUGUAUCCUAACUUGGACCUUACGAAGUUUGUUGACUAGAAUCAGGAGUAGACAACGUUCUUCACUCCAGAUGUUUUUUACAACAUCUCCCAAGUUCUCUUACAGCCAUAAUGCUGGCAAAGCAUAAAGAUACAUGUAGUCCCCAUAUCUGGAGUGCCAAAAGUUGCCUAACCCUGCCUUAGACAUUGAGGUUUAACCAUUUGAAAAUUGAAGAUAAGACAGUGCCAAGGCCCUAACUGCCACCAUAACUACUUAAUAGAAAUUAAGUUGUUAUGGGGUGAGGUGUUCCCCUACCAUCUUUGCACCAGGAAAGAGGUUGAUUUUAAGUUGGAUAGGUUUGUCUCUGUUGGUAAACAGUAGAACAAGGUUGGAAACCACUCACUAAGUAGCAGUGAGCUGCUCCCAUUAAGAAUAAUGGAAGCAAUUAGUUAAUACUUAAAGACUGGCUUUAAGUAGUGGAAAUCGCUAAUUCUUUGUUGCUACUGGUGAAUUCUUGCAAUUGGUAAACUCGCUAGCAGGAAUGACAAGAAUGGGGUCUGUUGCAUGCUUCUCCCUGCCUCCUCUACCAAGCAGGAACUCUAUUGGCUUUUCUUAGCUAAGCCAACCCCCGGCCUAGAGUAAGGCAAAUGCAUCUCAUGUUGUGUCUCUGUUGGUUAGAACAUUUUUCCAACUCUGCAAUUUUGGUUCAAUUAGCAAGUAUAUGUCUUCCCAGCCAUGCUUCAGUUAAUAAACAUCUUAUGCUGCUUUAUAAGAAAAGUGAUACUUGACUCUAGUGAUGCUGGUUCUACAAGAUGCAGUAUGGAGUCACACCCACCAUUCAAUGCUUAAUGCCUCUUUUAUUGUGCUGUCAGUGGAGAGUAAAAUGUCUAAGUGGGAGGGUAGGAAAGAGGCAGGCCUGACACAUUUCAUACGACCUAAAGGCAUUGACUUAUAAGUUCCCAGAUGUAGAUUUCAGAGUUUAGAGUGAAUGUAAAGUUCACUCUAAGAUGUAGAGUUUAGAGUGAGAUGUAAAGUUUAGAGUGAAUUCCUCAGACAUCAUUUAUUGGCUCCUAUAAUUCAGCUUUCAAAUAUGGCUCCUUAAAAUCUGGUUACAUUCUUUUUUUAUCUGAACUUUGACAUAGCAGCAGGUCAAACUAAAUUGUGCUCCAAUAAAAAAAACUACUGUGAGAGUUACUUUUCCACUUUUAUGAGUCACCAAUGAGACUUUCUUAUUGCUAAUAAAGCUUUAUUCUCCUAUAAUUUUUUUUUUUUACAAAAAUAAACUACGUAUUAAUUUGAGCCAGGGGUAUCUUCUGUCCUAAGUAUAAUACUUGAGUGUACAAAGAUAAUAAAUGGGUAUAAAAUGUACUGAUUGGUGAAAUGUACUAAUUAAUCCUUGAUGAACAUUUAUUGAAAUGCACAAAACUAUGCUAUAUUAAAAGGGUUAUUAACUAACGUAAGAAUUUAAAGUGAAUUUUAAAUUUAAGGUCAAAAUAGCUAAACUGUAAAAAAAAUGUAGGAAAUUUAGGAAACUGGAAAAAAAUAGCUAUGUUUCCAGCUCAGCUACUUUGGCCAAAAAUGUGAAAUUCACUUUCAAUUCUUACUUUAGUAAAUAACUCGAUAAGAUUAUCUACCAUGCACGGUGCUUUGUAAACAUCCCUAAUAAAUGGGGAGAUCGGAUCUUCCAAUAGCUUUAAGAUCUUCAAAUUCAGAACUUCCAUUUUGUAUGUCAUUGCCACAUGGCCUAUUGACACAUUUUAAGAUUUUAAAGAAACGAGUGUCUUUCAGAUUCUUUUGAUUUUAGACUCUUAUCACUAGUUCGUGCUGUGAAAGCUCUGUUAAACAGUAAAUAACACACAUGCCGCCAUGUUGACUGAGGUAUGCACGCACAUCUCGAACACGAAGAAUUUUCUGAACCCUCUUGAAAUGAGUAUGAUGGCUAAAUGUGCACAGUGAGUAAGGGAUACAGAUGUCUAUCUCAAACAAGCAAUAUGACUGUUCGCGAAGAAGCCCCUUUGCCACCAUGUAUUAGAAAUGUGAAAACAUGUAAAGAAUUCAUCAGCUGUAAGGCUUUACAUGCACGCUUCUUAUACAUUAUACAUGCAUGAUUAAAGUGUGUUUUAGAAAAGCUCAGUGACUGCUGAUUGAAUGAAAAGAUUUCCCCUUAAUUUGAACAAUUAGAAAAUAAAAUUUAAAAAAAGAUACUGCCGGACUGCAUUAUAACAAAUAAAUUAUUUUAUACGUGUCCUGUUUAAAGGGACGUCUAGUUAGCAAUCCAGUGAAUUAAAACAAUUCCAAGAACCAGACUGAGGUUUAUCAAUGGGCGCUAAGCUUUAAAAUCUCUUAUCACUCAUGUAAACUCCAGUUGAGAAGCACAAUGGCUAUUGAUAAAUGUAGGUCAUAGAAGGGAAGCCAACAAAAUAUUGUUUUCAAACCGCAAUAUUCCUAGAUAGGAUAUGAAAAAACACAUUAUGGGUCCCACUAAGAAUCCAGUCCUAUAAACCUAUUAGAGCCUACGUCAGAUAUUUAAGCCUGGGGCCAUUUUUUUGAUGCACCCUGACACUAUGUGUGACCUCUACUUUAUCUUGUUUGCUCUAUGUUUACCCAACUAAAACUUAGUAAUGUUAAUAAAUCCAGCCCACUCUCACAAACUGGAAAGGAUUAUCUGAAAGAUAACAUCAAGUGUGCAUGCUACACCUCUAAUGAAGAAAUUUGAGCAGCAUUUUUACAGAUAAUCAUUGUGUACAUUCUGGAUUUUUAUCACUUUUCACCUAAAGACGGGAGACACCUCUACGUAAAAAAAGCAAAACAAAGCAAAAGAGCACUGUUUUCAUUUUCCUAACACGCUAAGACAUUUUUUUGUUUAACGAGAGACUAAUGUGUUUAUCAGCAGCAAACACAGUUAUAUAUUCAAAUAUUCUGGUAAGUAGAUUUGAAUGGCUCAGUUUAACAAGAAUUUGAGACUAUAGUAAGAAUUGACUGAUGCAUUUCACAUCAGACUUUGGAGACAGAAUGUUGGGAGUUGCAAUCCAAUCUAGUAUUAGACUAAUCAGAAUGGUAGGAGUUGCAAUCCUAGCUAUCAUGGCACUCAUACGAAUGGUGGGAGUUGCAAUUCUAGCUAAAAUGACACUGGUAGGAAUGAUGGUAGUUGUGGUCCUAGCAUAGCAAUUAUGAGACUUGUAAGAAUGGUGGGAGUUGGGAUCCCAGCUAAUGUGAUGCAACUAAGAAUGAUGGAAAUUGCAUUCCUAUCUGUUGUGAGAAGAGUAAGGAUGGUGGCAGCCGCAGUCCUGUGUUGGCUGACACUACAUGUUUCCCAACCUUGUCUAAAGUUGAGGGCUCUUGUUAAAUCUAUCUUUCUAUUGAAUGCGGAAGUUGUAGAAAUUGGCAACAAACCCCACAGUGUGGCACAAUGGAUGAGCCUGAACUCCAAACAAAGAAACACUAGCCAAUUCAAAAGGCUGGACCUGCCCACACGUCUCUGCUAUCUGGGGUUAAAUGUCACAAUGUGAAAGACAAGAGAUAAAGGUGGGCAGAUAGUGAGAGACAAUAUGUUUAAUAUGGGUGUGUGGUCCAGUCUCCUGCUUGAACCCAGUUGACCCCAGUUGUUCCCAGUAAGCACUCUCUGAUCCAUAACUGAUAGAAAUUAAAUAUAUCUACCAUGCAAAGGUAUCAUGGUCAUUAGUACAUGGUCAUUAAUACAUUCUUUAUAUAUUAAUACAUGCCGAUAUCCAAAUCCUAAUAAAUAAAAUUUUUGGCUAAAUUUAGUUUUUGACUUUACCUCUGUGCCACUGAGAUAGAGGGAAACAAACAAUAUGGCAAUUUAAUCAGGAGAUAUACUUUCUUAUACAGUUCUGAGCCUACCCUGCUACAAUACUUAGCAUGUUUAUCAUCUGCAAGUUUGUCAUCUGCAUGUUUGUCCACUCACAUCCAUAGUGCACUUUACAUUUUAGGUGAUUUCAGUAGCACAUUUGAUUGAUUACAUUUUAAUAUAUGUAUAAAGAUCAGAUUAUUAUCCACAUGUGUUAAAUGGUAACGUAUUUAAACGGUACUAGAAUGUAUAAUAAAAAAAAUGUUUUGUAAAUGCUUUGUGGCUUGCCUUGGGAAUGGCAAAUAAAUAUACACUUUAAGUCAGGAGUGCCAAAAAUGUAGAUCCCAUGAUGCUUUACAUGCCUUUAGAAUGCUUUAAAAUGACAAAGCAUCAUGGAAGCUGUAGUUCUACAACAUCUGGGGAUCUACCAUUUUGGCACCCUUUGCUUUAAAUUAUGAAGUCCUUGUUGUGUCACCGUGGAUGCGCAGAAGCAAACUGAUAACUGUCACAUUUGGGAAUAAAGUGACAGCAGAUAAUUAGGUUGAGACUUCUGUGCUGGAAACCACCAAUGUUGGAACCAGCAAAAACUUCAAACCCACAUUUGGAAACAUUAUGUAGCUCAUUCAAUGUGAGUUGAUACUAGUUUUUCCUAUAGUGAGAAAUCAACAGUGAUAUCGCACCAUGUUACUUAUCACAGAAUAUUACAAACGUCCCUAGAUAAUUUCAAAUAGAUCAACCUGGCCUAUUAUCGGCCCAUAGUUUAGGACUGUCUUCUGGUUGGUCAGUUAGUAAAUUGUUGCUUUGGGGCUUUUUCUGUAAAUCUGCUUGCACAAGCAGACUGCGAGAUGUAUAACUUCUCCAUGAAGUCUACCCUAAGGAGCUUGCAGCCAUUUCUGGGGAAACAAUGACAUUAUUUCAUCUUCUUCUCCCCACCUCCAUUUCCUUCAUACACAAGGGUAAUGGGCAAAGAUGUCGAAGCCCUCUUUUUAAGGGGGGGAGAUGGGGGAUGUGAACGAUUUGUCCUGGAGGACAAUCCAAACUGAGUCGCCUGCAUCAUUCCUGAAAGCAGUCCACGUUAAUGUAGCCCAUUACUAAACUAUAAAAAUGUAAUCAGUUUAGUAUGUGGCAAUUAAAUAAAUUCUAAAGAGCUUCUAUGGGUAUUGCUUAAGGUCCCUACACUAUACCUUUAAAUUUACUUUACAGGUUAUCCAUGCCCUUGAGAUUUCUGUACCCUUCAGUUACCUUUAAAACUCAUACUCAUACAGUCUACGUGCAAAUAAACAGGUGCUCCAAACCUUGUAUGUGUUUAACUAACGUAAUCAGUCAUUUCAUGCAUGGACCUAUGAUAGAGCUCAGUGCAUUAGCAGAGUUUAUUUUCUGGAAGCUAUUCCAUUAAUAAUAAAUAGAGGAUUGCAGAAAGAGCUGAGAUUGACCAUUGGUAGUCCUGUCCUCAAUAUUCCAAGCAAGAUAUUGUACCUUCUUAGAGGGAGAUAGCUGGACAUUGACUAAUCACUUACUGUCAGUGGACUGCUAUUAGUAAGGAAUCAGUAGGGGUCAUCCUUUAAAUUAAUAAACAUUGUCAGACAAGCUUUAUUGCUGAAUCUGUAAACUAAGGAUUACGUAUUAAGCCUGUGAGUGCUAGGAAUGGUGUAUUACAUGUUGUAAAGCUAUGUGUUUCUCACCUCUUUACACCCGGAUUAACCACUCAGCACCUAAACUGCUGCCUAGACCCACGACAAUGGGAGAGACCAUUAUGAACCACAGAAGGCAGUAUAUACCCUCCCCCUGCUCUGAUACUGGACUAGCAUUUAGCCUCCCAGAUUCCAUUCAACGACUCAAUUCUCAUAAAUCUGAAAAAGCCUUUGAUCAGCAGAAAAUUGGCAUAGAACCAUAGAAGUUGAUGCUCCAUGACCUUUGUAGAGUUCCUUGUGGCUACCUUUGCAUAAACAUUUGAUACACUCGAUAACUGGCAUUUCCACUUUGAGAUACUCAGUGGAACCGUGUUCUAAAGUAUAUAUGCGGUUAGCUUAUCAUAUGGGGCCAAUAAAAUAGCUUAGUAGCAGAAGAUGGAUCUCCUGAGAACUCUAGAGUAGGACUGACCAAUAGGUAGAUCCCCAGAUGUUGUAGAACUUCAACUCACAUGAUGUUUUGUCAUUCUAAAGGCAUGUAAAGAAUCAUAGGAGUUGUAAUUCUACAACAUCUGGGAAUCUACCUUGUGUGCAGCCCUACUCUAGAAAAAUAUAGCACCUUAGAUUAACUCUUUAUUUUCUCUCUUUGGUUUGUUUAUUAAAUAGUGAGCUGUAGCAAGCAUUUAACAUUCAUGGUCAACAAAGGCUAAAACGGACAUAUUAGAAACCCCACCUCCAACUUCGUGAAGUUUAAGAUGUUUUCUAACUCUCCUGUUUUGCCCAGUUAUUGCAAGUCAGGUGUUAACUCAUUGCAACAUACUGUUUAGUGAAUUCACCCCUCGGAGUAUCCCUUUGAUAUUUUCUAUGAGAUGAGUUACUACUCAUCUCUCAAUGAACUUUUCACAUCCUGCUUGAACCCAGGUGGCAAGUCAAUCAUGGGUCACUCAGUAGCUCAAUCAUUUUGAGUGACGGGUGCACUUGAGUAGGGAUUUCCUCUGUGCUUCAUCUUUAUCAAAGGAAGCGAAAACAGCAGUCAUUGCAAACUACACAGUAUGACAGAGGCAAUUCCACACUGUAUGUAUCUAGCUGUGAACAGUGUACCCAUAAGGUAACAGUUUGUAUUCUUAGACGCGGUCACUUAUACAUUACUGUAUCCAGGAAUAGGUCAACUAACUACUCGAUUACUAAACUGAAUUAAAUCAUCACUGCUUACCUAUCGUUAAUACACAAGGAUCUAUUCACCAACCAGCAGAUUAAAUAAACUCUGCAGUUCAGAUUGGACAUUAUUUUCCAACAUUUAAAAAAAAAAAUGUUGUGGACUACAUCACCCAUAAGGCUCUUUCAGUAAUGCUGCUGGCAAAGUAUCACGGUAGAUGUGGUCUGCAACAUCUGGAGUGCACAGGGUUACCUACCCCUGAUCUAAAUGCUGGUUUCCACAAUAUGCUAAUCAAAGAAUGGAUUCCUUAGUCCCAUGUCAUCAUCUAAGUUUCGUAAUCUGCUACAAAAGCAGAGAUGGACGAUUUAUACUACUUUAACCCAUUAUGUGCCAGAGCGAGCAUGAUGUCGAACACAAGAGGUAAUCUCUAUCACUACACAAUGGGUCUGGUGUAGACAUUCGAAAAGGGAUAAAGAAAAAGAUUUUAGUUGUAUAAAAGUAUCACACUGAUUGCAAACAUUAGCCAAAUACUGGAGUUAGGGAACAUUUUCAUUUUUAAUAUUUUCACCUAGAAUUUCAUAUUUCCUUGGAAAUUCUACAUUUAAUUCCUAACUCAAUAAACAAAUACCAUAAUUAAGUCUAAUCCGUGCAAGAACUGAAAAGGUAGGGUUAAAAAAAAGAUUUGGGGUUUGUUGACAGAUAUUUUAUGCACUGCCUUUCCCCUUUCCUUUGCCAUGGACAAUAGUUCAUUUACUAAAGAACAGAUCUUGUUUUGUAUGGUCAGUUCAGGACAGAUAACAGAGGCAAACAGUGCACAGAUGAGACCAGAUCUUUUGAUAGGAAAGAUUGGCCUACUAAACUUUUAUCCAGCCAUUUCCGAGUUAAAGCCCCUAUACUGUGAGUUUAUACUGAGAACUUCAUAGUAAUCUUAAAUCAAGAAUCUUUAAUGGGGGAUGGGAAGGUUCUAUUUGCUUAGCCUCCUGUACGCUCUGAUUUCACAGUGUUACGGGCAUAAACUAAUAACUAUCACAAACAGCGCUAUUUACUAAAAUGAGAAUUGCUGGGAAUUCAAAGUAAAUUUCAAAGUACACAAAAUGGAAUAGGUAGUAUAACUACCUUAUACAAAAAACACUCUGUCUUUGCACUAUUCUAAGAUACCGUAUAUGUACACAGCUGAGAACCCUGGGAAUUAGGGACAUACUUUUUAAUUAAAAAAGCUCCUUGGUUCAUUUGCAAAGCAUGUCAGGUCACCAGGUGUUAUAACCUGGAUAUGGAACGUCUCAGGUAUUCUUAUAUAUCACUUGCCUGUAAAAAAAACACAUCACAUUCUGCCUGUAACCUUGUGGAACUCCAUGGUGGUCUUACGAUAUCCCUAUAACAUAGAGAGUGGUCCGUAAAAAUACCACUUGCAUUCUCUGACCGCUAACGAUGUGUAUGGAAAACAUAGCCUUAGGAGCUGUGCUAAAUUGAUUCUAUAUGGCAAGAUCUGACUCCUUAAUUAAACCUGCUGAUAUUUACAGUCCUAUAGGGUUAUUAUUCCCUAAAGUGUGAACUGCGACGAAAUAUACAAAAUUAAAACAAAUCUGACUUGAAAUUGUUUUCCAGUUAAGCUAUUAUGGCUAAAAAUUUUAAAUGCGAUUUUGAAUUCAAUUUGAAUUCCAACAGGUGUAAAUAUGCAGCAAUAAGUCUCGGCUAUAAAUAUAGCAAUUCAUAUACGUGAUUGCAGCGAUAAACACAUCUAAACAUACUAAUACGUAGGUAAAUACAUUAUGUUUGUGUUUGGGUUCCACACACACUUUAUGUAAAAACAUUCAAUCAAUGACUGCUUUACUUAUUCUCUCCCUGCCCUUCUCUAUUUACCCUUUGCAGCUAUUUGCCCUAGGGUAUCAGCAUAUAUUGCCUUUAAUGCUUUUUCUAAAUAAUCAACUUGAUCUCUCUUCAAAGAACCACAAGUCUAAUAUCUAUGAAACAAGUAAAGAAGGCGUCCUCCUAAGAAUGUCAGAUUUCACAUCUGUCACCUGUUCUAGCAUGAAUCGCCUGCAAAAUUAACCUCUAUGCGGGUUGCCAAGUCAGUAGUUAAUCAAACAUCUCCUCCUUUUUAGAAGCAACUAAGCAAGCAACCCAUUGUGGAAUGUUUAUAUUCCAAACACGCCUCACCUGUAAGUCAUUGUCUUCAGGAGAACAUCACAAGUGCCAUAAUGGCUUGAAAUGACUUUCUGUUCUUUAGGCAACACUGUUGCAGCCUGAAGUUUUCAGAAUGGACAAUAUAUAAAAAAUUAAGAGCAAAUAAAAUUGAAUGUUGUGCGAUCCUGUAAAAAUUGCCAAUGAGUUUACUCUUCUGUUUGAAGGCAUCUCAUACUGUAUACAGUAAAAUUGUUAUGGUUGGUUUUAUUACGCAAAGACCCAUCAGUGUAAGACUAAGAUAAAACACUCAUAAAACUGACAGACAGUCUGUCUAUGUUAUAAAAGAUAUAUCACCUGGAAAAAAAACAUGUUUGAAGUCGAAUAUAUGCUAGCUUCAGAUUGUAGUAUUUUUAAAGGUAAACUAUAUUCCUAAAGCUAUAGUGCCCUUGGGGCCCCACUUUCUUAUGGUCCCCCAUGGCAAAUAAAAGGUUAAAAAAACCUUUUUUCCAACACUGAUGUCCCUUGGUGCUGGGUCAAGCAACUCCUCAGCCGAUGAUAGCCAAUGGGUGGUGCCUAAUGUGCAUGCAUAUUAUCAUAUUAUUACUAGUAAUUAUCAGUAUUCUUUUGUUUCUUUUGUUGUGUAAAAAGGAAAUCUCCUGUGUAAUAGGGAAUUCAGUAAUGAUUUACCUCUUGUAAAAAAGUCCAGGGUGUAUACUCUAAUGUGAUUUUCUGCACAUGUCUAUGUAGUGGUAUUUUUAUGCUGCCCUUGUGCCCAAAACUAUCCUUCCAUCAAGGAUAGGGUUAGCUGAAUUACGGGACAGCAUGCUGUUCAUCCGGGAAGAUCUCCCAAAAUUAAAGCAUGCCUCUUUGGCUCAAAACUAGAUCUUGUUACUCAGCAACAUAAUACACAUGGCUUUUUUUUCUAUUAUGCAUGAAUGCAGAUGUCCAACAAAGGGUGAUUUACUAGAUGCAACGUCCUAGAACAGGACAUUAGUGGAAUGCUAAAGCUUACAAAGUACAUCUCACAACACUUAUAUAUAAUAACAAAUAUAGGUAUCAAAGGUUCUUCAUCAUGUCAGAAGUCAAUAUGUUAAAAACGAAAGCUAGAUUAACUUUUACAUAAAUGACAAUGGAAAGCAGUAUGACAACAUUGUGUUUUAACUCAUACAUUUAACCACUAAAGUGUCUAAGAAACCUUCCAUGUUUUACCUUUUUCAGACGUUUUUUAAGUUCGCAUAUGUAUUGUCUUUUUUUGAUAUCUUUUGGCCCUGUUUUAAGAAGAGAUUUGUUGUAACAUUUGAUGCACUAUUUGCAAUAAAGGGGAAGAUUGUGCAAAAAGAAAAAAGGGGAGAUUUAGUCUCAAAUCCAAGGAAUUUCUAAUGGACUUUCAGAAUAUCUUUCCACAUAUUGUAUUUUUGACCAGGAAGUUGCUAGACGUUCUUCGAUUUUUAUAGGAGCUGUAUUUGGUUCUGUGUGUAUUUCAAGAUUAAAGAAACCUGAAUAUUUUUGUUAAAUGUUACUUUUACAUAGAUCUUUCCUUGAGUCUUUCCAACAAUAAUAUUUAGUACCACCCUGAGUUUAUGGCCAAAAUGACUGGUGAGAGUUCAAAUUGUUCCAGUUAGUGGAUAAACCUCUCAAGGAUAAUUUUACCAGACGUGAAUUUUAAAAAAGCCUAUAUUCACUAAUUAUUAGUUGCGUUUUGUUAUUGUAGGUGCAACUUAUUUAUGAAAUACCAAAAUACUACAGACUAAGGAUUGUAUUUUGCUAUUAAGAUUUACUAUUUGAUUUUUAUAAAAAUAGACAGCUGUUUAACAUAUUAUCCCACACAUCAACACAGCAAAAACACAAUUUCCUUUCCCUUCAUUUGGUUAAUUCAGGGUUUGAUAUACCACAAAAACUUAAAAUUGUCUCAGGUGGUCUUUUGAGUAUUUUUCGAAUAAUGUUAGGCCUGUAUCUCUUCCUCACUUUAGAAAUGUAUAUAUUAAUUAAUGCUAUGUAUUUGGCAACCAAGCCCACAAUAAAAUUGUCAGCCACUUAUUUAAGUUAUGAUUGGCUACCCAGAAACCCUUCUAACCUCCCAUAGUAAAAUUAUAAGUCACUUUGGCAACAUAUGUGAGUCACAGGUCAUUCCACCUAAACUAGAACUUUCUUUUUAACCUUUAUAAAUUGUUGGUGUUUCUUUAAAAACCUAAAAAGUAAAGUUGCCAUGUUAAAUAUAUUCUUGUUAUUAUUAUUAUUAUUAUUUUAUUAUUUAUAUAGCGCCAGCAAAUUCCAUAGCACAGUACAAUGGGUGGACUAACAGACAUGUAAUUGUAACUAUACAAAUGGACGCACAGGAACAGAGGGGUUGGGGGCCCUGCUCAAUGAGCUUACAUGCUAGAGGGAGUGGGGUAUAGUGAAACAAAAGGUAUAAGUAGGGGUAAUGAAAUAGGUUGCUAGAAAAGUAAUCACUGAAAACUUAGUAGGUUAUUUUUGACAGUUGCAGGAGAGGAGUCAUGGGCGGAAGGAAAACCCGCUAACAGUUUAAAUGAUAUGCUUUCCUGAAGAAGUGUGUUUUCAAAGAUUUUUUUUGUUAAUAAAACUUCCACUAUAUUAUCUGUAAUAAUCACUUUAUUACAUGUAUUGCCUGAGGUUGAACAAUGCAUUUUUAUGAAAAUGGUUGCAAAACCCCAUAUGUGCUGAAAUGGUUGGGUGUCUGUGUCAAACUCAUCUUUGUGACUGUAGAAACCAAACAUGUAUGCCCCAGGCCCAGUGAAGCAUUUAAAAACUAUUCAUAAUUCCUCCAUCUUGUUUUCAUUCAUAAGUAGAGAAAUACAUCAAACAGGACUGUUUUGUGUUUACUAAUCAGAACAACGAGCAUGGGUUUGGUAAGGAACGUCAUGAAGUAUUCAGUCUCCCACAAAUUACAUUACUAAUGAGGAGAGAAAGCAGUUCUGUUCCCAGACUGCACUGAGGAUACAUUCUGUUGAAUGUCGGCAGUGUGCUUAGUAAGGUUAACCCCUUGAAUGGUGGUUGAGCACAAUAUAUAAUAGGUUGAACAGAUACAAACAUUCAUCCAGCAGUUUCCCAUCAACUACACAGAAUUUAUAACUUAAAAUAUUUUAAUGUUUUAUCCCUCGUCCAUCUAUUGUUUGUUGUAUUCUAGCAAUCAGUUGCCAAUAUGUAAUAAUAUAUAAAGUGGACAAACUCAUAGUCUAUAUUAUUAAAACAGCAGGUCACUGCUUUAUAACCCAAACAUCAAAAGGACUUUGUACUCACAUUUACCCUGUUACCACCAGGGUGCGGAGAUCCACAAACCAAAAAUGCUUGAAUAAAGCCAUAUUAUCCAUAGUAUUAAACUUAGAGUAACACGUUUUUAAAGGCAUUUAGCUGCAGAGGUUUGCUGAAGUCUUGAUGUAUGUUGAAAAAGAUGGCUUACAAUUUUAUUUUUUUAAUUUUAUUUACAACAAACAUCAAGCCAAUAAAUAAUUGAAAUUUUUAACCAGUGAUGUAAUGUUAAAUGACUCCUAGCUUGGCCAAAGUGCAAACACGUGGUCACCUAUAAAUGUCAAGAACAUAGGACUGAACUAUUGAAAUGAUUUACUUUAACAGACUGUAACAUUGAUUUUUGUUACUUCAAUCUAUGUAAACUAUUUUAUUCCAUACCAGCACUGCUAAACAGUCACAUAGGCAUGCAAGCUCUGAAUUUACUAAAUCUAAAACAUAUGCUCAACAGUUACUAAAACAUACUAAAGAGUGUAUGUACAAAAUGACUGUUUAUUAAAUUGUUUUAUAUUAGAUAUUCGGGAUAACAAAUACAUUGUUAAUUUUCUCUGCAGCUCCUCUAGCUGAAGGUUCAGAUGCAAAAGAUGAAGAACAAAAUAUUCGGAACUUAGUCAACCCCAAAAUGGUCCGUCAUGCAGCCCCUCAACGGCCAGGAAAUUGGAGAAAAACUAGGCGUCAAAGACCUCGGCUUUCACACAAGGGUCCUAUGCCAUUCUAG